AUGGGUUUUAUAGAUGGUUCUUUGCCUAAACCAAAUGAUGCUCUAGUUUUGAAGGCUUGGAAUAGGUGUAAUAGUAUGGUAAUUGGAUGGAUUAUUGUUGUACUCGGUCCACAAAUUGCUGGUAGUAUUUUGUUUGUUGAGACUGCAAGAGAGAUAUGGUUAGAUCUUGAAGAGAGGUUUGGACAUGCAUCAUCAGCACAAUUAUAUGCCUUACAACAAGAAAUUUCUGGUGCAGAACAAGAUACUAUGUCUAUUUCUGAGUAUUACAAUCAUCUCAAGAAGUUAUGGGAUGAAUUGGAUAAUCUUUGCCCCUUACCUACCUGUGCUUGUAACAAUUGUACUUGCUCUUUGACUCAGAAAUACAUCAAGUUACAGCAAGAUCAGAGAUUAAUGGUGUUUUUGAUGAAACUCACAAACAAAUAUGCAAAUGUGAGGUCUAAUAUUCUUAUGAUGCCUAGCUUGCCUACUUUAGCCCAGGCAUACAGAAUGGUUCUUCAAGAAGAGAGACACAAAGCCUUGAGUGCUGUACCUGAGAAAGUUUCUGAGCCCAUAGCUUUUGCUGAAGACAGAAGGAAGUUUGAUGAUAGAAGUAGUCAGAAUUUUAGUAAUUCUGGUUAUGGAAGAGGUUUUGUUUAG